AUGCCUUUCCGGUUGAAGCUGAAGAAAUCUCGCCACUACAAUGUCAUGUCCAAGAGCCUGUUCGUCAUAUCGGUCGAUCAUCUCGAUUCUUCCACCAAGAUCGACUGCACGCUCAGCUCGGAGAGCACUGGUCAGGAGUGUCUCGAGAAUGUCUGCCAACGAAUCUCGAUCCAGCAGCCGGAGUUCUUUGGGCUCCGGUACGUGGUCAAGGGCACAACGGAUGAGAUGCGUUGGGUUGAUCUGGAACGUCCCCUCAGCCGGCAGUUGGAGAAAUACUCCGCCAACUCGAAGGUGCUGCAUCUGCGCGUGAUGUACUACGUCCUUUCGGGUGUCAGUUUGAUCCAGGACGAAGGAACAAGGAACUAUUACUUCCUGCAGCUGAAGCACGAUGUGGUGGAAGGUCGCAUCAACUGUGACCCUCGGCAAGCCGUCAUCCUGGCGAAUUACAGCCGACAGGCUGAGUAUGGGAACCAUCAGGAUCGGCAUACGGUUGAGUACCUGAAGACACUGUUGUCCUUUCCGCACGAGAUGGUACAAGCAAACCUGCUGGAAGCGCUCACUGAGCAAGUGAUCCAGCAAGCACACGAGCUUCACAACGUCACGCAGGGUGACGCAGAGAGCCUGUACAUCUCAGCCUGCCAGCAGCUGGACGGAUACGGGCAGGAGACAUUCACGGCCAAAAACGACGGCGGACUGGAGGUGAUGUUGGGAAUCUCAGUGUCGGGUAUUAUCGUGGCGAGCGACUCGAACAAAUUCUAUCCCUGGCGUGACAUCACGAACGUGGUCAAUCACAAGCGUGCGUUUAACAUCGAGUGUACGGUGGCACGGGAAAGCGCAGGUUUCACGGUGGCUGAUGUCGCGACGGGACGGUAUAUCUGGAAGCUGUGUGCGCUGCAGCAUCGGUUCUUUGUGACGUACGAACAGAACCAGACGCAGGCGAGUCAGAUGAACCUGAAUCUGUUCCAGAACAUGGGUGACAAUCUGAACGAUAGUCGAGAUGAUCUGUUGGCUGAGCAGCAGUAUAUUCAUGCGCAGCAACAACACCAACCGAGUCCUUCACCGGGAGGAUCUCAACCACCGUACCAGAGCUCGAUGGGUGGUACGAGUUGGCCAAGUUCGCAUGAGCUGGCGUCACACUCCUCCAGUCUCUGGAACAACGCGACCCAACAACACACCCUCGUAGACACCCAACCAGGUGGUGGUCAUUUGUCGUCCAGCAGCGUCACGAUCGCAACCGCCACCGGAGGAAGCAUCAACAAUCUCAACAACCUCAAUCCGACGAACGUGAUGCAAUCGUCGCGAUCCUCCGGGCUCGAUAUGAACCUCAACUCGACGUCGUCUACUGCCGCGGUGCCAUUGGAGUACUCAAGCCAGCUUGGUUCGAGCUGGGGCUUGAAUCCGGUCGGUUCGAACGCGUCGUUGAUCAAUCGCGCACAAAGCUCGUCCUGUUUGGAUCUCAGCAAUAACAAUCUAACGCCGGAUCGGGAGCGAUUGAAGGCGCUCCUUCCGACUUAUCGACCAGCACCGGACUACGAGACGGCUAUCCAGCAGAAGUAUCGCUCAAGCAGCAACGACGUGCGGCUUGUGAAUGGGAAUAUGUUGCAUCUUUCCGCUUCGCAGAUGCUGGCCGCUCAGGAACAGCAGCAGUUGGUACCGGCUGGACAUCAUCUUGAGUACGGUAUCACGGGAAGCCAACCAGAUGUGUCGUAUUAUGGUCAGCACUUGCAACAGCAGCAGCAACAACAACAGCAACAGCAAGCUUCCGCUGGCCAGCAGGUUCAUCAACAACCCUAUCCGGACGUAACACACCACACAACGACGCACAUUAUCGGUCCACACUACUCCGAUGCGUCUGAUUAUGGUCUAACGCAUCGCUUCAAGAUGAUGCGUCUGGUGAAACCUCCUCCACCGUAUCCAGCCAACCGGCUUAGCUCAACAUCGACUCCCGAUUUGGCAUCUCACCGGGCAUUACUCGGUUUGCGAAGUGCGCAGGUGUCCGGUUCUAGUCCUGACCUGGUAUCAACCCGUCCGUUGAUGAACGCUCAUCACCACGCUACGCAUCUUCCGCACCAUCAGCUACAAAUAGCGCAUCUCGCACAGAACGGAGGUCCUCUAUGCUAUCCUUUGGCCGGGGCUCCGCACGCUCAGUUACACCACUCCCAAACCAUGCUGCCCCACGGGACGUACGAGAAUCUGAACUUUAUGGAGAACCUACCGUCGACGAAGGCAGGUCUUAUAUCUCCUGCAAAUCAACCCUCUGGUGGUGGUAAUGUGUACUAUUACGUGCCGGGAGGGAUGGAACACCUGUUGCUGACUGGUGGAAGUUCGACCGAAGGAACCACUCCAUCAUCGUACCACGCAACUGCCAAUGGUCACAUGGGAUUGGCGGCGAAAGCGCACCUGAACCGAUCGUCUCAGCACAUCAACGGAUCGAUCGAACCGAUCUACGAAAAUGUUCCCUUACCGUGGAAGGGUGAGAACGAACCAUCGGCCGGAGAGAUACGAAAUCGAACGGCCAGCGUCCAGUCGGCUCCGGGUGUCCAACAUCACGGUCAAGCGACGGUACGUCCGAUGCCACCGACACCACCGCAACCUCAAACACCAACCGGUGUUAACGCCCCGGCGAGUGUGCUGGAUGGUGCGGGUGGUUUUAAAAUGCAAUCGCAAACCGCUCCCCAACAGCACGUUCAAACCCAGGUGGUGAAAGUUCUUCCCAGAGGAGUAACGCCAGCAGCGGACACUGGAGCAACAAACGCGGCUAUGGGACCACCUCCAUCCUCGGGACAAUCGUCGAGUGAUCUUUCCACGCAGCAUGUGAACGCGGAUGGUCCUCUAAACGGUUCCACCGCAAGCUCAACGGCACCAGCGACUGUGGCCGCCGUCUUAAAGGUGGAACCGAUCCCAAUGAACCGAUCCCUUUCGUCAAACAACGUGCUCGAUUCCUCGCAAUACUCCAGCUAUACGCUGAAUGAAACCGCUCAGAGCGGCAGUGUUCGGAAUGGGCACAACGAUUCCGGUAUCAGCUCCAUCACGGGAUCGACGAACCUCGGGGGAAGCGGAGGCAGCACCACUAGUCGCAACGCCACCCACAACAGCUCGGCCGGUUCAUCCGCCAUGUCGUCGUCGGUGAAGGAAACGAAACGUCGGCGAAUCUGGGAGAUCCUUGGCGGACGGUCGAAGAACUCCGCGGACAAGCAGAAAAGCGCCACACUCGGGCGGGACAAGGAUCGCAAGAAGAAGGGCUCUGUGCCGGAUGCCAGUGUGGCCGGAAGCGGGGGUGGAGGUAGUGGUGGAAGUGCGAACUCUUCGAUGAAUGAAGGCACAAACGCGGGUCAGCUGAGGCAUCGGUGGUCAACGGGAUUACCGAGGUUACAGCCACUGCCGGCGAAUAUAAGCAAGGAAAAAUUGUGCUCACUUCUGGAAUCGAAACUGGCGGAUCCGCAGCUGUACUGCGAGUUUGAGCGCAUCCCAAAACGAAGCGACAGUGCCACCUAUAACUGUGCGCUCUCAGAGGAGAACAAGAACAAAAACUUCGACCCAACCUUCCUGCCGUACGAUAACAACCGAGUCCGGCUUACACCGACCCGAGGCAAUCGUGUGGGCUACGUUAAUGCAUCUCACAUAACCAGCACGGUGGGCAAUAAGCAGCGGUUCUACAUCGUGGCCGAGAGUCCUAACGACACGCUGACGACCAACAUUUUCUGGCAGUGCGUUUGGGAGGCGGAUGUCUAUCUGCUGGUGCAACUAUCCAAAGAACUUAACUAUAUCCCGCAAACGAGCGAUCGUUGUUUGGAGUACGGGCAGUAUCAGGUAUGGCGCGAGUUUUCACAAGAAACCGACCGGUGUACGACAAGCAAGCUGCGGGUUUAUCACACGCAAAGCCGCCGGUAUCGAUCCGUUUGGCAUCUCUCGUACACGGAAUGGGCCGAUCAAAACUGCCCCGGUGAUGUGGGCCACUUUUUGGGAUUUCUGGAGGAGCUGAACUCCGUACGAUUGGCAUCGAUCGCGGAAGUACCUCCGUCUCACAACACCAAUCCGCCUGUGCUGAUACAUUGCAACGAAGGUGGAGGUCGUACCGGGGUGACGUUGGUUGCGGAUCUGCUGCUGUACACACUGGAUCAUAAUCAGGACAUCGACAUACCACGCUUGAUAGGGCAGAUUCGGCAACAGCGAGAUAACAUCAUACCAUCGCUGGCGCAGUAUAAAUUCAUCCACGCGCUGCUCAUACAUUAUUUAAAGCAGAACAGACUGAUAUAACCUGGUGGACUAACGACGGGGAUGCCACGUGUGCCUCCGUGAAAGGUGCUAUGGAAGUUAGACUUUUUUUUAUAACCAUUAGAGUCCGCUAGAAUUUUUCGAUGCAAAAUUAUUUAAAACGUAACACAUGGAUCAUGGCAACGCACAAAAUAAAGGAUGACUGCUGUUUGUGAAAUCCGAGUGAUGCCGUAAAGCUUGGUGCAAUAAAUUAUGACGCGGGCAAAUGUUAAUAUCGGUGAAAUCGUUUUACAAUAACGCGCAGAAGCAAGUAACCAAUUGUGUACAAUCGCAACCCAGAAGAAGGAGAAGAAAAGAAUUAACCUACGAUCAAUCGUGAAACGCUAGUAUUAAUUUAGACGAAAAUGAUGUAUUAUUUGAUCUAUUUUUUAACCAUUUAACGAUCGACUCAUGUUCGCGACGACGGUGUUAGGUGGUUCAUUCCACCAUGGUUCAUGUGUUUUAGCUUGCUAGUAUUAUAUACAUUUGUACUAAUAUAACUGCUUUUCUACCGUGUCCAGUCAAAGUGGCUACACGUAGGUGGUAGGCAGACAAUCGCAGCCGAAUAUCGGUGCGCCAGAACGAAUAGUAAGAUUAAUCACCAGUAUGUAGUUGCUUCGGGCGGAAGGUAUAGAAAAUGCUAAACUUUAUAAGACUUGUAUUUUUGAGUUUUCGUUAGAAAAGCAAAGAGAAAGCGCGAAAAAAGUAUUUCCUUCACUAGGCAUAGGCGUUUAUUUAUGUAAAGUGGCUGUAUUUUCCCAACCCCCGUAGGGAAGUGGAAAGAGCAGAGGAAUUGAAUAAAACCAUACACGA